UCUAUGCUAAACACCGUACAAUUCAGAACAAACGCAGCGAACAAGGCGGGAAGUUAUCAACGUAUUUCUCUCUCUCUCUUUUCCAUUUAAUUACAAAUCCUCUUUGAAUAGGUUAUAAUCUACCAGAAAAUGAGUGAUCCUUGUAAAGUAACCGAGCCAGCCAUGUCUUCCAACGAUAUGCAAGAUCAAAACUCAGAAGAUAGCAGCGAUAAAAGAAAUAAUCAAGUUAAACAAAAACGUUUUAAAUUAUUAAAAGAUGCAUUAGACAAAGUUUUCACCAAAGUUGCGACUGGCAAGUUGUCUUGGUAUACUAAACAGUUCCCAGCUUUGCAAGCAAAAGACCCAGGCAUCUUAAAACUUCUCCGAGAACAAGUUACUCACCAGCUGGAGUCAACCAUCAAAAUGGAGGUUGAAACAAUGCUGGAAGAGGAAAACCUGAUGGAAAUAAUGAAAGAUUUAAACCAAAGAAUCAAAUCCACCAAAGCUCAAAAGACGGAUUUAGCUUGGCGUCCUACAGGUAAUGUUGAUGAUGACAUCCGUGCACACUUGAUGCCAGUAAAGAUGAAAUUACGAGACAACUUACAGACUAUGUUGAGUAAAUUGGAAGAAGAGAACAAACAGUUACAAACCAUUGUAUGUGAGCGACAGAAGAACCUGAUAAAAGCUGAACAAAAAUUGAAAGACUAUAAUGGUUUCUUUGAAAAAAUAGCUGUGAGCGCUGAAGUGAUCAUGAAAUCAUCCAAACUGUCAGAAGCCUAAGAAUUCUCUCUACAAAAGUGCAGGUCAUUUUUGUUAAGGAUGGAUCACAUUAGAAUGAAUUAAUAGGGAUUGGGGAUUGGGUUGUAUAGUAAAUUGAAUUAACAGCCUUAUCAGUUUUGGUCAGAGGUUUCAAGUAAAAGAUGUAAAAACUACAAAAACCAGCGACCCAUUGCCUGCCUAUCUGUAAGACCCUAAUGUUUUCUGUGAGGAGAUGAGUUCUCAAUUUGGUGGAUUCAUUCAGAUUUCAUUGACAAAUAAUUCUUUAUUUUACCAAUUAUAAAUGAAUGUGUGUGUAUGUGUAUAUAUGUGUGUGUGUGUUCAUAUGAAUAGGUUUGUAUAUGUAUAUAAGUAAAUGUGUGUGUGCGUAUAUAUAUAUAUAUAUAUAUUUAUAUAUAUCAUCAUUAUCGUCAUCAUCAUUGUCGUUUAACAUCUGCUUUCCAUGCUGGCAUGAGUUGGACAGUUUGACUGAGGACUGGCAAGCCAGGAGGCUGCACCAGGCUCCAAUCUGAUCUGGCAAGGUUUCUACAGCUGGAUGUCCUUCCUAACGCCAACACUCCAAGAGUGUAGUGAGUCCUUUUUACGUGUCACCUACACGAGAGCCAGUCAGGCGGCACUGGCAUUAACCACAUUUAGAUAGUGCUUUUUAUGUGCCACCAGCACAGGGAGCCGGUCAGGUGGCACUGGCAUCGACCAUAACUACAAUUUUGCUUUUGAUUUUUGGGAGGCCAUAAAUAAUGUGGUUUUUCAUACCACUUUUAUUUUUCAAAGUUAAGUUAAACAAAUUUCUUUUUUAAUCUAAAAUAUACUCUCCUUCAUUUUCUACAAUGCUCUUCCAUCUAUUUGGUAGACUUGCAAGGCCUCUUUUUCAAAAUUCACUUGUCUGUGACAAAAAAAAUACUCCUCCAGUACUGUUCUGACUUCGUCUACAGAAUCCAUAUCUUUUAGGUUUAAAUGGUUUUGAAGACUGCGGAAUAAAUGAUAAGCAGAUGGAGUAAUGUCCAGCGAAUAUGGUGGAUGAGGAAUCGUUUCCCAUGCAAACUGCUCCAGCCUUUGGGAUGUCAUCCUCACUAUGUGACUGAGCAUUAUCCUGAUGGAAGAACACCUUUCGUCUUGAAACCAAAGAUGGUCGUUUUCUUUCUAGCACUGACUUAAGCCACUCAAGCUGCUCACAGUAGAUCUCCUUUGGUAUCGUUUGGUUUGAGCUUAAAAGUUCAAAGUGGACUAAACCUUUCAUAUCCCACCAAACAGAUAACAACACCUUGCGUGGGUGAAGAUCUUCUUUAGCCUGGGGUGCCGGUGUUUCUCCUUUCCCUACCCAUUGUCUUCAGUGCCUGACAUUUUUAUAGAGAACCUAUUUCUCAUCACCAGUCAUUAUUCGGUCCAAAAAAGGUUCAUUUGUGAGACGUGACAGCAAAGAAGAGCACACAUUCGCUCUCUGUACGUGACUAGACUUGGAAAGUUUGUGAGGUACCUAUUGACCCAGUUUGCUGACUUUUCCGAUGGCACACAGGUGUUGAUGAAUGGUUGAAUGACCAAAUCCAGAUUUUGUUCCAUCACGGUUUGCAGGACGUGCUCGUUGAGUUCUACAGAUCUUCCAGAAUGAGGCUUGUUUUCUAGGCUGUAGUUUCCAGUUCAGAAUUUCUGGAACCACUGAUGACACUGGCUUAAGCUUAUUGUCCAAUCCCCAUAUACUGCAUUAAUAUUCCUCGCACUAAGAAUAAGUACAAGGUAAAAUUAUUACCUGCUUUUAUAGCAAGUUGAUAUAUAUAUAUAUUUAUAUAUACACAUACAGGGGUUGGACAAAAUAAUGGAAACAGCUUAAGAUUUAAGACAUUUAUUUUAAUAUGGAGUAGGACUGCCUCUGGCAGUAAUUACACCUUGAAUUCUACGAGAUAUGAACGCGUACAAAGUUUGAGUUGUUUCCAACGGAAUUUUUGUCCAUUUUUCAGCUAAAACAGUCUCCAGUUCUUGUAGUGAUGAUGGUGGAGGAUAUUGACUCCUUACUUGUUUUUCUAAAAUGCACCAUAAAUGUUCAAUAAUAUUGAGAUCUGGAGACUGUGAUGACCAGAUAAGAUGUUCGACUUCACUAGAAUGUUCCUCGUGCUAUUUAGUAACAACUUUAGUUGUGUGAAUUGGUGCAUUAUCAUCCUGAAAGAUUGUGUUUCCCUCCGGAAACAGUUCUGCAACCAUAGGAUGAAUUUGAUCAGAUAAAUUGCUUAAAUAGUCUUGACUAUUAAUUCUGCCAUUGGGCUUGCAGAUUUCCAAGAUAUAGCCCCUCAAAUCAUCACAGAUCCUCCUCCAUGUUUAACAGUUGGAAGAAGGCAGUUUGGGUCAAAUGCUUCUUUUGGGUGUCUCCACACGUAUACUUGGCCUGUGGUCAGAAAUAAGGUGAAGGAUGACUCAUCCAAGAAAAUAACAUUCUUCCACUAUUCUAGGGACCAAUUCUGUAGGUUUUUAGUCCACACUAAACGCUUUGCAAUGUUUGUUUUUGCAAGUAGUGGUUUUCUGAUUGCAGCCCUCCCGUGAAAUCUGGCUUUGUGCAGCUCCCAGCGAACAGUUUUUAUGGAAACAGUUCUCGAGGUGGUCAUUAAGCUCUGCAGUAAUUUGGGGAGCUGUACUUUUGUGAUCCUUUCUAACAAUUCGCGUAAGAGUCUGACAGUCCCUAUCUGCAAGUUUUGCUUUUCUUCCGGAGUUUUGUUUUGACGAGGAAGUUUUCCCCUCUUUCUCAAAAGCUGUUAUUACUUUCAAGACAAUACUUCUUGAUAACCAAACAUUUUGGCUGUUUUCGUUACUCUAGCGCCUGCCAUAUGAGCACCAACAAUUUGACCUCUCUGAAAGUCCGAUAGAUCUGUCAUUUUAGUGAAUUUUAAUUACCUUUUCCUGAUGAUAUCUGAAAAGAAACAGCAAUUUUAACAAAACAUAUUAAGCAACACUAAUAAUAAAUAAAAAAAAAAAACAUAAAAAUAAACAAGCUUUUGACGGUUUUAUAGAUAUUUCAAAAUUAUGAUGCGAGGUGUUUCCGUUAUUUUGUCCAACCCCUGUAUAUAUAUAUGUGUGUAUUAUAUAUAUAUAUAUACACACACACACACACACACACACACACACACACACACACACACACACACAUAUGUCCUCAUUGCUUUAACAGCCACUUUCCUAUGCUUGCACGGGUGGUAUAGGGUUCAUUUUAGCAGAAUGUCCACAUGCAGAUGCCCUUGCUAUUGUUAACCCUGAACUGUUUCAAAAUGAGGUAAUAUUCUCAUGUUCUUAGAGAAGAUUUGCUGCUUCUAUGACACUUGUUUAAAACUAUUACAAGAUGUUCAAAGGAUGCACAUUUACAUAUGUUGGCAGCAGCAUCUUUGCUUUCCAUACCAGUGACAUGUAAAAAGCAGCAUUCGAGCAUGGCCAAUGCCAGUACCACCAGACUGGCUCCUGUGCCAGUAGCACAUAAAAAGCACUCUCUGAGUGGUUGGCGUUAGGAAGGGCCUCCAGCUGUAGAAACCUUGCCAAAUCAGACUGGAGCCUGGUGCACCCUCCCAACUUGCCAGUUCUCAGUCAAAUCAUCUUACUCCAUGUCAGCAUGGAAAGCAGACAUUAAACACCAAUGAUGAUGAUGUUUGUGCAAAAAAGAUAAACUGACUAUGUAUGUGUAAAUGGAUUGAUUCUGCCAGUGUGUGUGUGGAGGGUGUAUAUAUAUAUAUAUAUAUUUAUAUAUAUAUAUAUAUAUAUAUAUAUAUGUAUAUAUAUAUAUAUGUAUAUAUAUAUUUGUCACAGUGGCUAAUGUCAGGAAAUGAGGCAUACAUACCAUAAUUAUAAUUGAAUGUUUAUCAAAUUUCAUGGUGUGAAUGCAAAAGUUGAUAUAAAUACUAAUUUUCUAGACAAAAAUAUUUAUUACCUUAAAAUGAAAUUGAAUAAAAUAAAUUUCUCAUUUGUAUAACUCUG